GGAUAACACUCUUAUUAGUUACCACUCGCCAUCGGCAAUGGAGACUGCCUCGAUCUCCGCCGCCGUAUUUUUCUCCGGCGCCGCCGUUACUCCGCCGUUUCGGAGAAUCUCUCUGUCUCGGAGACCGGUUCACCGGAAUUUUCGACCUUUGUCUGCUUUCAACACCACCGCUCGCGCGGGGAGUGAGAUUGUUGAGGAAGACGUCCUGCAAAUGUUCUUGAAGGACAGAGAAGCAAAUGGGGAUUUUAUUUCCAGAGUUUCUGAUAAGCUCUGGCUAAAGGAAUUUCUCAAAUAUGUUGAUGAUGAUUCCAGUGGAGCCUCUGCAACUGCUGAACUUGACGAGCAGGAAACAACGAUUUCGAGUGCAGAUGAUGGUGAUGGAGGGUUCCUGAAGCUUAAACAAACUCAGGAAUGGAUUAUAGGGGAAAAAAUCUCUGCCCCGAUCAAUAAGAAAGCAAUGGCCAAGGCAUUGAGGGACGACAGUGAGAGAAGGAAGAAACUGAACAUUCUUCAAUACGAAGCUCUGAAACGUGAAUUGACUCUUCUGUCUAUCGGAAUCGGAAUUGGAUGUAGCGGGUAUUGCUUACUAGCUUUGUCAAUCCAGGCUGCUAUUAGUUAUGCUGUUGGAGUUCUUUUCAGUUGCUUGUACCUUCAGCUUCUGUACCGAUACACCGAUGUUGUGUCUCGGGAAAUGGUUCCUGACAUUUUCCUGAAAAAGAAGUCUAAGAAAAUCGGGAUUAGAAGUGAAGACCUUCAGAACUUCAUAGAGAGGACAAUCAAGGGCAGUGGUCUUGCUCUCUCAUCCCCUCGGCUCGUGUUACCGGCUGCAAUCUAUGCUCUCUGGGCUCUCUCUCACAAGUAUUACCAAAAUGACUUCCUUGAUUUCCAGAUAGUUCCUGCAAUGUUGGGCAUGUUUGUAUAUAAAGCCGCGGCUCUCGUUCAAGUGUACAGAGAUAACCAAGAUCUCCAGUUCGUCUUCCCUGAAAACGAAGAACCUCCAAGAAACUGAUCUUCUGAAAAUUCCCCCACGAAGUUAAACUUAAAAAAAAAUCGCAAAUCCGCGUCCUGAGAGCGUUGGAUGAGUAAAAUCCAGCUUCUUGUUGGGUUUUUUCGCAUACUUACCGAAGACAAAAAAAAAAAAAAAAAAGAGGAUCUGGAGACGCUUCUUGGACAUAGCCUGGUAUAUACUUACAGUUUAUGUAGGGGUGGCUUAUUCCGGUUAAAUUCGGUUGUUUUCGGGUUUAGUUAUUUCGGUUUAUAACCGUUUAAUCUUUAUAUUAAAUUAGUUUGGUUCGACCGGAUUGAUGAAAAUAUUCAUUUUCUUGAAUAAAUAGUAGGGUUUUUUU